GCCUGACCAAACAUCACCAACAUGCCUCAACGACCGCGGCAGUCUGCUCUUGCCAACGUACCGAGGGUUGUCAUUCGCCCAGCAUGGGAUAACAUGAUCGCUGUAUUGUAUCUGCCAAAGGGCAUCUUGUUCUUCAUCACGCACCCGUAUCUCUAUCCGAUGCUCAAGACUCGUCUUUUGCCUGCCUUUCUGCUCAGUACAUUCGUCUUGCUGAACCUGUUCUUCUGGACCUAUCUGCCACAAGUGGCGUUCCUUUCGAUAUUCCACAAGGGUGGCAGUGCAUGGGUGAAUGGCACAUUUCUAGUCCUUGGUGAGGGUGCAGCUGUGGUGGCUAUUUUGUUUGAAUCUUUCUUGGUGGACGAAACUCAAGUGGACAUCUUCGAUGCGGUUAUGAUUCAUAAAGGUUAUGAAGACCUUAUACGCCAGCACCGUCCGGUGUCAGAGGACAACCUGGACAGCCCCGUUCGCCGCCUUGGAAAGCCAACAAAGACCUCGGUCUAUGCGCCUUUCUCCUUCCGCCAGAUUGCUGAGUUCAUUAUACUGCUGCCCCUCAAUUUCGUGCCGUAUGUAGGAGUACCAAUGUUCCUCUUUCUUACUGGAUAUCGCGCGGGGCCCUUCCAGCACUGGCGGUACUUUCAGCUCCUGGAAUUUGACCGUAAGCAAAGAGAAAAGUUCGUGGGCAAGUUGAGGUGGCAGUAUACAUGGUACGUUAAGUCAGAUGAAGCACCCUGCAUCCUACUGACAACCUCUUAGGUAUGGUACCAUCUAUCUGUUG